AAAUUAAUAGGAAUAUUUUACCGAAUACCGCUUUUGGUUGACAACGGGAAAGAGAUGUCUACUUCUCGAGCCAGAAAAAACGAUCCAAUGCAUAAGAAGAUUCAACCGAAUCCUAAAUAUAAGCAUGUCAGAGCUACUGUGGACACAGGAGCAAGUCUUACGAAAUAUAUGGAAAAGAUUGAAGAUAUUAGAAAAAAUUAUAAGUAUCGCCCAAAUGAAAACUUCAAAAGAAUGAAAAUAACAACACUAGUUCAAUUGAUCAUUCAAGUGCAUCGUAUCCAAGCCCAUGAACUAACCGCAGAUAUACCGCCAACCCCAACUUCUAGAGGUGAUGGUAGAGAUACAGCUAUAGCUGAUGAAGAAAUCAAAGAAAUGCAUUAUAAUAACAAGGAUGAUGGAACUUUAAUAACUUCUCCUUCGCCUUCUUUAGCUUUAACUGAUGGAGAUUAUGGACACUCAAAUCCUCCAGAGUCUUCCAGAUCAACCUUACUCAGUGUUGCAAGAGGUAUUGGAGAACUGGACUUGAAUCACCCUCCUCCUGCCCCGGAGAAUAAGUUUAAUGCGUACGAUUUAUCGCCCUUUCUAAUCUUGGACUGUCGAGGAGACGACGCUUAUCAACAAUGUCAUAUUUUACCCGCUUUCAGCUUUCCAAAAGCCAUGCUCUCAAGAUCAGUUAAUUGGGCUUCAAAGGAAUUACUAUCCUUCCGUAAUGCUACAGGUAAAAUUAUUGUCGUCUACGAUGAUGACGAAAGAGUAGCUCCAGACGUUGUUUGUACUCUUAUGGAUAGGGGCUACGAAAAUGUUUUUAUGCUAUCUGGAGGAUUAAAAGUUGCCGCCACAAAAUUCCCGGAAUACUUGAUAACUGGAACAAUUCCAAAUGGUUUAAUGGAAAAUGAAAAGCCAAAAAAGAACAUUAAUAAAGAAAUUCGACCAGUCGUUUCAAGAAAAUCUUUUACUGAUGAUGAAAUUGAUAGUGUUGAAAUAUACUUGGAUAGAGCUUUAGAAGAUCACAGUACAGGAAGUAAGCUUAAGCAAAUAUUUAUCUCUUGAAUAAUAAUCAACCUUUCUUCUAUUAUUUAUAUAUACAGUAUAUGUUUUAUUUACUUAAAAGCAAAAAACAGGCGUCUCUAUAAUUUUUAUUUUCUUCCCUUUUUUCUUUUUUUAUUUGCAGCGAGUAAGUUACUUUUUUCUCUCCCUUCUUUAAUUUCUUUGUUAUUCACGCUUUAUAUUUUUACAUACAAAAUCUAUUCAGCAAAAAAUAGUUUAUUCGCACAUAAUGUAAAAACAAUCAAAUAGAAAACAGCACAGCUUUGUUAGAUAAAGUAUUAGCGUUUUCUUUCUUCUUUGUUAUUUAAUUUCAACAAUUACUAGCUGAUUAGAUUGAUAUAGAAAAGAAGGUAUUUCUAUAUCAUGCAAUAAUUAUUGCUGUAGUUAAAACUGCAAAUAUACAGUAUAUAUAUAUAUAUAUAUAUAUUAUAAUUUUAUAAAGGUCGACUAAGUAAAGUGUCUACUGCCAGUAGUAGAUCGACUAAAAUGAGCAGUAGAGCCUCAGUUUCCUCUAAAGCUUCCGACGGACGUCCAGCAUUUAGACCCCCAUAAAAAAUAUAGAAUUUUAAAGAUUUCAAGUGAAACAAUUAAAAUAUCCAUGAUUUUGAAGAAUGUGAAUUCCUUCUAUUUGUUUUUAUUUACUAGUACCUUUAGCCAUGUAACAAGCUUCAAGUGAUGCUACUUUUAAUAUAAUUAUUUUUUAUUAUCAUACAAUGAUUAUUAUCAGAUAUUAUUAUAUAAUUUUCCUGAAUCACUUUCAUAUCAAUGCAAUUGUUUCAUUUAUUUUUAAUUAUUUAGAAAAUUAAAGAAAAUCGCUGGUAAAAAUUCAAAUUAUAAAGCAACCAACUAAAUGAUACUAGAUACCAAAUUCUUACAAUCAUCAUAUAUAUUCAAAUAACAAUAUUAAGAUAAGCUUUGCAUACAUUUACUAAAGAAACUAAUGACAGAUAACAAAAUACUCUGGAUUUCUAACAAUUUUCUUAGAAUUAAU